AUGGAUCACCGACAUGCUUUGCCAAAACCACCCCACCACAGAGAACGGCCCGCCACGACCGUUGCCGACUGGGAACGAUCCGACAACUUCCAUAACUCCCACCUGUUGCGGAAAGACGAGAUACUCGACGCUGCAGUCCAGAACAGCCAGGCAAACGGCUUGCCUUCCAUUUCUGUCAGCCCUGCUCAAGGGAAAUUAUUGUACUUGUUGGUAAAGUCCAUUGGUGCGAAGAGAAUCUUGGAAGUGGGUACACUUGGAGGGUAUUCUACCAUCCACCUUGCAAGAGCGCUCCCGGAUGACGGGAAGCUCAUUACUUUAGAGCUGAAUGAGCACCAUGCUAAGACCGCGACAGAGAAUAUCGCUAGGGCAGGAUUAGCCUCUAAAGUCGACGUCGUCGUGGGCCCCGCCCUUGACUCACUGCAAAAGAUGGACUCGGAACCGAAAUUCGACUUUGCCUUCAUCGACGCCGAUAAGAACAAUUACUUGAACUAUUUCAUCGAGGCUAAGCGGCUUCUGCGUAAAGGAGGGGCUAUCUACGUCGACAAUGCUGUUCAAGGCGGACGUGUCGCGAAUGCGAAUCUGGAUGAUCCCAAUGAUUUUUCCGCUGGUAUCAAGAAGCUCAUUAUUGCCUUGAAAGAUGACGAGGAAGUAGAAGCAACUACAAUUGGCACUGCUAAUGGGAGGGGAUAUGACGGGUUUGUGUAUGCUGUCAAGAAGUAG